AUGGGCCGAGUCAUUUUACUGGAGAUGUUUACAGGCAAAAGUCCCACUGAUGACAUGUUUAAAGAUGGUCGAAGUCUCUAUGAAUUUGUUGCAACAACAUGGCCUGAACGAGUGAUGGAGAUUAUAGAUCCUCUAUUAUUUUUGGAAGAAGAAGAGAUCAGAAAUGACAAAGAUAAAUCACCAAUUGUCCAUGAAGGGAGCACAAGCGGCACUAAUCUUGAAGAAAAAAUCAAAGAAAGCUUGGUUCUAAUAAUUGAAAUCGGCCUCUUAUGUUCUACCCCAUCACUGAAAACUCGAAUGAAUAUGAAGGAUGUUGGAAACAAAUUGCUUGUUGUUAGAGAUUCAAUUCUUUGA